GUUAGAACGCUGCCAAUCCGCUAAGCGGUAAAAUCAAUUCAAUUAAAACAUAAACAUCAAAGUGUUUGAUUAAAAUCAAUAACAAACGCAACCACAGCGCUAAUUUGUCACCUUUCGCUAUCUCUUGUUUCCUCGAUUUGUAGACUAGUUUAACUGACAACCUGCGCCGCAAUUGAACAACAAAAGCAUAUCAGAAAGCCGCUGUUCUCUGCUCCGCAUGUUGGCCGUAGCCCGCCGCUCUUCUAUAUUUGCUCCCUGUGAUCGCGGUGAACUUGGGAUGAUAAGAGGGACUGGGGCUCUCCUCCUGUAAUCGAAAGCCUGCUGUUUGUUCCACCCGGCGAACACCAAAUCAGUCGAUGGGUGUGCUCCAAUGCAAUAGCAAUUAGCCACUAACCUUCUGCCGGGUCUCCAGCUCCUCCCACUCUUGGUGUACUUCAGGUUCUGCCUACUCUUCCACCUUCUCGUGGCAAACAAAACUUAUCUUGAGUGCCGCUUCGAGAACAUAUAAAUUCCCUGGCUUCCCAUAGGCCAGGAUUCAGUUGGUGCUUGUGGCUCGCCAUGUACGGAACAAGGAGCAUCUUUCUGGGCGGCCUUUGCCUCCUCCUGCUGCUCCAGGUAUUGCCUGUCGCCGUGGGUCUUGAUAAUGGUCUGGCGCUCAAGCCACCUAUGGGCUGGAUGUCAUGGGAACGCUUCCGCUGUAUAACCGACUGCAAAUUAUAUCCCAACGAGUGCAUUAGUGAAAAUCUCUUCCGUCGUCAUGCGGAUCUUCUGGUAUCCGAGGGCUAUGCCGAUGCUGGUUACGAAUAUGUCAUCAUCGACGACUGCUGGCUGGAGAAGAAUCGUGACAACGAUACCCAAAAGCUAGUGCCCGACAGGAAACGCUUUCCCAAUGGCCUAAAUAGCCUAGCUGAUCAUAUCCAUGACAAAGGACUCAAGUUUGGUUUGUACCAGGAUUUUGGAACCAAUACCUGCGCGGGUUAUCCUGGUGUCAUUAAACACAUGCAGCUGGAUGCCCAGACCUUUGCCGACUGGGAUGUAGACUAUGUAAAGCUAGAUGGUUGUUAUGCCAAUUUAACCGACAUGGUUAAUGGAUAUCCAGAGUUUGGACGCCUUCUGAAUGAAACUGGUCGUCCUAUGGUCUACUCCUGCAGCUGGCCUGCCUACCAAGAGGAGGCCGGAGAGAUGCCCGACUAUGAGUCCCUCAAAAAACACUGUAAUCUGUGGCGCAAUUGGGACGAUAUCGACGAUUCUCUGGAGUCUCUGAUGCAGAUCAUAGAUUAUUUUGGCAAGAAUCAGGACAGAAUUCAGCCGCAUGGCGGACCAGGACACUGGAACGAUCCGGAUAUGCUGCUGCUGGGAAAUUACGGUCUGAGCUACGAUCAAAGCAAGCUCCAGAUGGCCAUUUGGGCCAUUAUGGCGGCGCCACUGAUUAUGUCCAAUGAUUUGGCCGAAGUGCGUCCAGAGAUCAAGGCUAUUCUGCAGAAUCGAGAUGUGAUUGCAGUGGAUCAGGAUGAAUUGGGCAUCCAGGGACGUCGCGUUUUGACCCGCAACCUAAUAGAGGUCUGGAAGCGACCCAUUACACCAGUGACCAAGGGUGGCGAACACUCGUAUGCCGUGGCCUUUGUGAGUCGUCGGGACGAUGGUGCUCCCUACAGGAUCCCAUUCACAGUCAAGGAUCUGGGCCUCAACAAUGCCAAAGGAUAUAAGGUGCAGGAUCUGUACUCUAGCCGCCAGCUGGGUGUCUACCAAACGGAUUCCCAGUUCAUCACCCGCGUCAAUCCAAAUGGCGUAACUUUCUACAAGUUUACAGCGCUCUGAUCUGUGUAUAUGCAAAUCAGUUUUUGCCAUCAAAUCGAAUAAGCCUAUUUUAUACGUUAUUCCAUCAUGGAUUAUCUUCCCCACCUUCAAGAUGAGCCGUCAGUUAAGUUAAAACUGAUAAAGACAGGUAAAUAAAUAACUGAAAAGGUCCGUAUUACUUUGA